AUGACUGACGGCGAAGACAUUGAAGAACACAUACAGCGAAUGCGUGGAUGGUUCCAGCGAAUCAACGACAUGAAACCAAACUCAAUAAAUGAAGCCGAUUGGAUCACAACUUUAGUAGCUAGCUUACCUGACUCGUGGGAUUCAUUUACCCAGUCAGUAAGUUUCCAAUUCGACAUGGACAACAAAAGUACCCUGACGAAUGAAAUCAACAACCUAAGAUCACGCAUCCUUGCAGAAGCACAUAGAAAAAGCAUUAGGAACACGGAUGGAAAGGCAUUUUUUAGCUCAAAUAAACCCCUAUUCAACCAAUCUUCCAAGUGCAACAACUGCGGAAAGAUUGGUCACUGGGUAGCGGAGUGCCGUGGCCCAGGCGGCGGUGCAUACAAACACGGUCAACAGAACAGAGGAAAUCAACCUAAUCAACGUUUUAACUCAUCGAACAAACCCCGAAACAACAACGCUCGUACGCAUAUAGCCGUCGCAGACAAUAGCAAGACUAACAACUACGCGUUCUCAACCUUCGAGAACCUACGCAAAGAUUUUAGCAAGUCCACAUGCACAUGGAUAGCUGAUAGCGGCACAACUACUCACAUUGCAAAUGAUCAACGACUAUUCACCGACUAUAGGAAAUCCUCGGACUAUGUUACCGGCGUAGCCGGUAAAGAGCCGAUUCUGGGCCGAGGCACUGUGGAGCUAUGGUGCCUAAUUGAUCCUGAGAAGACUGAACAAAGAAAGAUUACGCUUACCAAUGUGGCCCACGUGCCUAGUUCCCCGGCAAACCUCAUCAGUUUAUCACUAAUCACUGAUAAGGGAUAUUGCGUCUCGAUGGAUUGA